UGCAUCAAGUCCCUCGUCAGUUCCCCCAACCCUCAAUAUUGAAGCUUGCAAAGGUUCUAAAUUGAGUCUUGUGGUGUUCUUGAUUUUCUUCAGGGAGCCAUCAAGAUUGGUUCCAAUGAGGAUUCUCUCCGUUUUUAGAGAAGCACUUCUGUGCUUGUAUGUUUCUUUGCUGUUUGCUGCCACCUUUUGCUAUGGUGAUGUUAAAACAAAGGAGGUAGUUGAUCAUCCAUUGUUCUUUGGUAAGGAGUUUCCUCCGCUGCCUCCAAAAGUUUACCCUCCAAUCUCGCUUCCUCCUCCAGUUCCAAUUUAUGAGAAGCCACUUCCCCCACUUCCACCACUGUCACCAAAACCAUUGCCUCCACCAAUACCAAUUUACAAGAAGCCACUUCCCCCACUUCCUCCACUGCCACCAAAAUCAUUGCCUCCACCGAUACCAAUUUACAAAAAGCCACUUCCGCCACUGCCGCCCAAACCAUUGCCUCCACCGAUACCAAUUUACAAGAAGCCACUUCCCCCACUUCCUCCACUGCCACCAAAAUCAUUGCCUCCACCGAUACCAAUUUACAAAAAGCCACUUCCCCCACUUCCGCCACUGCCGCCCAAACCAUUGCCUCCACCGAUACCAAUUUACAAGAAGCCACUUCCCCCACUUCCACCACUGCCGCCGAAACCAUUGCCUCCACCGAUACCAAUUUACAAGAAGCCACUUCCACCUCCAAUUCCAAUUUACAAGAAACCAUUGCCUCCUCCAAUACCAAAAUUCAAGAAACCACUUCCACCACCUAUUCCAAUUUACAAGAAACCAUUGCCUCCAAUACCAAAAUUUAAGAAACCUCUUCCACCUCCUAUUCCAAUUUACAAGAAACCAUUGCCUCCUCCAAUUCCAAUAUUUAAGAAGCCACUUCCUCCCCCCAUUCCAAUAUUCAAGAAACCACUUCCACCUCCUAUUCCAAUUUACAAGAAACCAUUGCCUCCUCCAAUUCCAAUAUUUAAGAAACCACUUCCUCCUCCUAUUCCAAUAUUUAAGAAACCUAAACCACCAAUAUUCUAUAAGCCUCUUCCUCCCUUCCCAAAGAUCCCUCCAUUUCAUCAUAAGAAGCCAUUCCCUCCUCUUCCCAAGUUUCCUCCAAAUUAAGUACUUCCCCCACUUCUAGUUAUCCCUUGUCACCAUUUUCUUCUGUUCAUUUAUAUGUUAUAUAUUCUGCAGUAUCCUUGCAUGGCACAAGUAGGAUGAAUAUCACUCUCUGCAUCUUACACUGCUGGCAUAAAGUAUCACUACCAUAAUAAAAAGCCUUCAAUGUAAGGAAUAGUUCUUAGCAGGCUUCUCUGUAUUGCUUUCUUUCAUUUUAGUUUGUAAAUUUAUGUUAUCCUUUGAAUACGCACGGAAAUAAGCAAAAUAGCAAUUUUAAUUUA